AUAGAUUCAGUAAUUUUGUUCACUGUUUUAAACAAGACAGGGAAAUGGUUAAAAAGUGGCCCGGACUUUCACGCGAAAUCCAACCAACAUCUCACUCUGAACUCUUGACUGUAGUUUGGUCAGGUCGCCGGGUGAUGGUUUCAUUCAUUCUGUACUUUCAGUAUUAGUGACGCUCAUUUACUUGUAAGCAAUAUGUCGUCUGUCAACUUCACAAAGUACGAUGCAUUUGGGUUUGACAUGGACUUUACCCUUGCUCGUUAUGAGCUUGUACCAUUUUUCAACAUGGUGUAUGAUUGUGUCCGCAAAUAUCUGGUGGAAGUCAAGAAAUAUGAUGCUUCUAUUUUUCACAGACUUCAGGAAGACAAAGAAUUGAUUUACAAAGGACUCAUUGUUGACUUUGAGAAAGGCAAUAUUCUGAAACUUGGAAGUGAUGGCGUAAUACUUCGAGCCACACAUGGAACUCAGAAGAUGACAGCUGCAGAAAUAGAACGUGACUAUGGAGCUGAGAGGAAAUUUGGAGACUAUGACAUUUUCAAGAAUGGGAUGAAAAGCAUAGACUCUAAGUGGAGGUUUUUUGAGAACUACUUUGACACUCCCGGCCUUGUGGCUUUUGCCAAGAUAAUUGACUACAUGCACAAAGCAGGCACUGAAGAAGGAAGGACGACGUUUGAGCACAUUUGGAAAGACGUUUUGAAUGCCUUGGAGGACAUGUAUAUUCCUUCACAGUAUGCACAGGAUAAGGGUGCAUAUUUUCCGGAGAUGAAAAAGAACAUUGGCAAGUACAUAGAUCCUGCGAGCCAGCAGAUCAAGGACUGGCUCAAGUCCCUCAGACAAGAUAACCGUGUGGUCUUCCUCCUCACCUCUUCCUAUGUGGACUUUGCUCAUCUCGUCAUGGAACAUGUGUUUGGGUCUGAGUGGAAGUCUCUUUUUGAUUUCACAUUGUACGCUGGGAGAAAACCACGAUUCUUCACAGAGUCCAAGCCUUUCUCAGUAGUUGAGGAUGGUUUAAAACUAGGGGGCGAAGUCAAGAGUCUGACAUCAGGGGGUGCAUACUGCUACGGUAACCAUGUUGAUCUUAUGGAUUUCCUCCGUGAGACGACAGGAAAAACAGACCCUAAGGUCAUCUAUUUCGGGGACAACUUGUGGGCGGACGCCUGGCCCUCCAAGACGCUGGGCAAGUGGGACACGGUGUUGAUCCUGGAGGAGAUGGAUGCUGAGGGUUACGCCGUGUCUGACGGGACCGUGCCCGGACACGAGGACGAGGUUGAGGACCCGGAUGCUCCUCCCAAGAAGAGGAAGAGAAAAUACGAGCACAGCACCCUGGUGACAGAUGAGGAGAUAGAGCUGAUGGUCAGUGAGUUCUGGGGCUCCAUCUUUAUUGACGACUCUCAGGCUGCUGGUUCGGACAGCCAAGAUCAGUCCUUCACCGACAGCAAGACGGUCAACACGGCCUUUGGCAAUCUCAUCGGGCAGUUUGCCGACAUAUGUGUGCCCAGUAUAGAGUACCUUGCAGGUGUGCCUGUCGAUCAUGUCUUCACCACCUUCAGCAAAGAACCUGGUAACUCCAGAGGCUUCCACCCUGGUCGACCACGCUCACUUCUACCCUAGAGUCAGUAAUAAUCUGUUCGGAGAAAAAAAAAGAGAAUUAUCCUCACAACCCCUGGACUGACCAUUUGAACAAAUAAAUAAGUAUAUAAGAAUAAAUGACUGGCAGUCGAAAUUGUCUAAGACGCCCACCCAUAGUCGAGGAGAAAAGUGGUUAUCUUAGACAAGUGGAUGUCUUGGACAGUGUCUUUAUGAUAUAGAAAAAGAAUGUAACGGGGGUGGGAUGGGAAGCUGUCGUUUGUACAUGGGAUUGUCUUGGACAGGUGGCCAUUACAGAGGGUCAACUGUACUACCUCUUUUAUUCGUGUGCAUAAUUUUACAAUAAACAAAAGAGCCAAAAGCGGUAAUGGCUUUUAAUUUUCACUGCGGUAGAAUUAUCCUGGAAGCAUAUCAAACCCAUAUGCAAAUUCUCAGUGCAUUUAAACAAGAGAUAAGUGAGAUAUAGCAGUGCAAACAAUGGGCAUGAGAAAGUGAAUGGAUUAUGGUUUGUGUGUGUGGCUAUGGUCUCAAACAAACACUGAUCGAAAGUUUGUUUGUUUUUUUCGUCAUUUUGAGUUAAUAGAUGCAAAUGUAGUAUCAGUGGACUGAGACUUUUUUAUCAGUGUUUUUCUAAAACAGAGGAACAACGAUUUGUCUUCCUUUUACCUGACAUUGUGCCAUUUGAAAAUACAGUGGGGUCCGCUUAAACUGAAUAUGAUUAAUCUGAAAUAAGUGGUAAACAUAAAGAAAAGAAAAUCACCUUUUUUUUCCCCCCUUAUUAACGGCAAACCUGGCUAAACUGAAGAAAAUCCAGCAACCUGCAGAUUUUGGUUUAAACAGACUCCACUUUAUUUACUCUUUCAGUUGUCUGUAGUAACGAUGUGGUAAGACAAGUUUUUUUGCCAACUAGGUAGCCUACUUUUUCUUGGAAAUGACUAAAUGAAAUUUUUAGAGAGCACAGCUGUGCUUGUAUCAGUCUUUAGACUGGGAUCUUGACCUCAUAAGACUUCAUCAGAUCAUUGUGCUCUGGAGAUGGGUUUUACCUAAUGUGAUGAUGCUUCUGUUUUGUUUUUGUUUUUAUUGCAAAUGCAUAUUUGGUGAACUCAGUAUUAGAAGAAAAAGGGUUGUUACUUAAUACUUUUUUUUCUUUUUCUGCUUUCUUUCUUUCACAUUUCAGGGGCAGCCAUCUGUAAGUUUUUCAACCCAUUCUGUACAGAAUAUUGAUAUAUACUGUAUGUAUGACCAUAUAUUCUUACAAAACCAGAUUGUCCCCAUCUUUUCAGUGUCCUGGCCUGUGGUGGGGAUGGCCCAUAUUUUAAAAUCUCCAGUACAGAGUUUUUAAAUCGGUGCCUUUGGUGUAGUGGUUAGGCGCUUCGCUGUUGCAUGCAGAAGACCCGAGUUCGAUUCUCGAGUUGGGAGACCUUUUUUAUAAGAGUAUCUUGGUCUUUCUGCUGGAAUGUAUCCAUCUCAGCGCAGGGCAUGCCUCCUGAAAUAUUUAAAUUGUGCCGAUGGGGACGUAAAAACACCCUAUAUUGAGUUCUUGAGUUGUGUUGUUUUGGGAGUUGUAAAAGCUCUCCACCCAAGUGGCCGAGUCUCAUUGGAGAUAGACGUCGAAGUCAUAGCUCCAGCUUCUUGAAUAUUCUUCCAGUAUUGAUAAAGGCCCUUUAUCGAACCAAACCCUAUCUACUUCUCAGGAAGCUGUGUGUCACUGCUAUAUUGUGAAGCAAUCAUUUUCAUGAUUAGCCGCUUUUUCUUGACAUCUUGCAUUUAUGGGGAGGCUUUUGCUUCGCUGAUUUUUGGGGGGAUUUAUUGAUAAACAGAAGUUUUCAGUUGCGUAGUCUUAUUAUUAUUAUUAUGCUGUUCCAACUUCAUAUUCGUCCCAUGGUAGGUGGUAUAGUGGGGUUUGACUGUAUUAACUUUUUCUGAUGUUGUGAUGUGCUCUUUGUGUCUGUGCCUUUAGCUGUGUUGAUAUCAUGCUGGGACAUGUUGCUGAUGAUCCUGGUCAAGUCCACAAUGGGACUUUCUUGAAGUUGGGGUUGUUUGAGGAUUUUCAAGGAUCUCUCCCUUUGCUGCUCUGUUCUGUUGCAGAUUUAUAAAAGUUGAUUCAGGUGGAGAUCCUGCCUCUUGUACAAUCUUGCAGUGGUGAAACCAGAAUAAAACCUGUACAUUUAA